GAAAGGGGACCAUAAUCCCUAGGGGACCAUAAUUUCUUUUACGCCGGGUCUUAACCCAAAACACUUUUUGUCAGUAUCAUCAUUGCAAUCUUGCUGCUAGAUCAGAUACUUCUCAAUAUACAUUGAGAAAUAUAAUCUGUGUAGCAAAACAGUCACUUGGAUAAGCUGCUAUCCACCUGACCCUCAUCUCAUCCCCAAGACUCACGAUGACCCUUUAGACUCUUCUCUUUUGAUUGCUAUAAACCAGUUAGUUUGUUGUUGAUAUCAGCAUGGAGGUAUCAUAUCAGUGUGAUAUCAUGGAUGUGUACCUCCAUGUUGACAGUUUUCAUUGAAUCAUUGAUCCUUGCACUUUCUUAAUAUUGACAACAAGUACAACAAGUUGACAGGUCUGUAUUUCUUGUCGGUAAUUUCCGGAAUGUACUUAAUGACCUUUCUUUUUCCUGUUUCGUUUCUGCUUUGUUUACUCUUUUCAACAUUUUGGCUAUAGUUUUGAGAUGUGCAGUUGAAUGAUGAAUCACUUCAAACGCUGUAUCAAUUGAUUUAUGAUCAUGAUAGUGUAAAUUUGCUUUAAUUUGAGCUAAAACUGUUAAAAUGCCAAAAUGAGGAAAUUACGUGACGUCAUCUUCGCUGCAAAUGGCGGCGCGAAUAACUAAAAGUCACGUGACCAUAAUUCUGCUUUUGUGAGCGCAAACCAGAUCUUAUAUUGUACAUAUAGUAUUUUGUAUAUACUGUAUAGAAUGAGCACGGCGAGCAACAUGCGCGCUGGAAAGGGAGGGAAAGACAAAACAAAGACACACACACAUAAUAAAACAGACAUUAAACAGGCUACAGCAGAACAAAUGCGACAAGCACAGCUUUCACAAGGUAACCUAGACAAAAUGGAGACAGAUGAUCCACAGUUGCAGAAAAAAGUCAAAGAGGUAAUGGAGAUGACUGGGAAAGGAAUGGAUGAUGUCAUCCUAGCAUUGCACGACUGUGACCAGGAUGCUAAUAGAGCAGUCUUACAGCUUCUGGAAGAAAACUCUCAGGGUGAAUGGAAAACAACAACAAAGAAGAAAAAGGCGCCAGCACAGAAGACAGUGGAACAAAAUCACAAAGCUAGAGACCUAAGCCCUGAUAUAGAGAACAGAGACUUCAGUAAUAACAGAGACCGAGAAAACAACAGGCCUAGACGGGGUAGGGGUAUGGUACAGAAUAUCCCCCGGUUAUCUAGAGGCCGGGGUGGAAAUAAUUCCAGUUGGAAAAACAAAGAAAACGAGGAGAAUGAUAUGAAUAGGUCUGAUAGCAGGGACAACAGAGGUAGAGGCAGGGGAAGGGGCAGGGGAUCAGGCAGGGGCAGGGGAGGCCGUUAUGAAAGACCAGCUCGAUUUGAUAGACAAAACGACAAUGGAAAUAAUGACAUGGGAGUUUUUAACAGCGACAACAAUGUAUUUAAUGUAAAUGACACAGCUGGUGGUGGAGAAACUUCAUUUGGGACUUGGUCCAAUGAUGUGGCAAUGUCAACAGAAAAGAAGACAAAUGGAAAUUCUACCUGGAAGGAGCAGGAGGAUUGGGCUGCAGAUGAAUGGCAAGGGGAUUUGAAAGAAUCUCAGGUGUUUACAGCUAGUGCUACAACACCUUCAAAUAAUGCUCCAUCUCCCUUCAAUACACUGGAUGCCCCAACUAACAACUCUGCCAUGCAUGAUGCUACAUUAGGUCAGCGUCUAGACCUUGGUAGUUUGCUGUCACAGCCAAGCAAUGUGCUGCCAGAUAGGAGCUCUAAGACCAGUGAGCAGGGGAGCAGUUUGUUUCAGCAGCCGAAGCCUCAGGAUUCCAAUCAGAGUCUGUUCCAGCAGCCAGUAAGCAAGCCCCAGGAGACAUCCAAUCUCUUUCCCACCACACAAACCCCCAAGACACAGAGCAACAGUCUGUUCCAGUCAAGCCAGUCAUUACAGGAUCCCAAGGAUGAUAAUGACCCAAUAGCAAGUCUGCUUCAACAAACACGUUCCCUCACUGACGGUAGUGGUAAACCUCCAAACAUAGACGCACAGCAACAAUUUAUGAGUGCCUUUGCUAAACAGGCAACUGAGACCAUUAAGAAUGCUGUAGGGAUAGGUGGCACCACCACCCAGUCCUCCUCCCUACCUGGGAACACGUCAUCUCUGAAUACAUCAUCUCUUGGCAAUUUCUCCCAAUCUAGUCUACCUGUCAGCCAACCGAGACCUACACAGUCAAUCAGCCAGUCACAGGCCAGCUUACAAAACCUUCAGAAGCAGGGUCAGCCACGUAUCAAGUACCCGCCAUCAAAAAUCCCUGCAUCUGCCGUUGAAAUGCCAGGACAUCUCCCCAUUGGUGGAAUUAGUGACGUACAAUUCGGUGUCGAUUUUGGAAAUGAGGCUCCAUCAUUUGGUUUUGGUGGUGAGACACCAACUAAGAAUAAUUACUCCAAAACUACUACAGUGGAAACACCUGAAUCUAGCAUAGGAGGAUUGGACACAAUGGGAACAGACUCUGCCCCAGGUGUGUUUCAGAAACCUGUAACUACCACUCCACCUGGCAGUAAGACUGACUUCACGCCACCAGGCCUUCAACAGAACAAGAUUGGACCUGAGCCUAUUCCAUUCCCAACAUCUCAAGACAGAAACAGUAUGCCACUUCUCUCAUCACAAAGAAACUCUCAAAACACAGGAUCUCUGAACACUUCAUCCCCAUCAUCACAACUGCCCUACACACAGGCUGGCUUCUCAUCAGGUGGUAGUUACCAGAACAACAGCUACCAAUCACACAAGUCAUCAGCAUUCACCUCGAGUCCAACGUACCCAACAAAUGCCACCAAUCAAUCAACGGGUCAAAGUCAAUAUGGGAACUACCAGACUGGAACUGCAUUCCAAAAUUCAACCUCUCUUUAUCAAAAUAAUUCAAAUGAGUCUAGCUCUCUAUCUGGUAAUUUCCCUGCUAGUCAGAGCACAUACCAGUCUCCAAGUGCAGGUGGAAGUAGUGGCACCUCUAGUGGAUUCCAGUCCAGUACUGGAAGUUAUCCCAAUGAAACUAGACCAUACUCUGGUGGCUCCUCACAAUCCUAUCAGGGCCAGAAUAGCUCCUAUCAGACCCAGAGUCAAACUAACUCGUAUCAGAAUCAGUCAGCUGCUCCUGGCUUUCAGACUCAGCCUGCUAAUUCUUCUUACCAUUCUAGAGACUCAAACUCUUAUUCCCCAGGUGUCAGUCAAUCUAGUUACCAGGCAACUGUUACUCAGUCAAACAGUUACCAAAGAGACAGCCAAUCAACAAGCUUGACUCAUCAAAGUGACAGUCAAGGGGUGACCACUCCCACUGGAAAUACAAGGGACAUAACCAGGGAUAGCACUCAGAGCUAUGGCAAUUCAUACCCCAACACACACAACCAGACACUGCCGGAUACUAAUAAACUUUCAGAGAACUUAUCUAAAGCAUCAUUGAGUGAUACUAACCUAGAGUCAACACAACAGCAGGGCACAAUGGACCUUAAUUCCACAUCUCCCGCUACAAGUUUGACAACCACUACUAACAGUACUACGAACAGUUUAUCUACAAGUUCUGUGAAUGUAUCUUCUGUGCUAGCAUCAAUCACUUCAUCCUCCUCGACUCUUGCUUCAUCUAGCACUAUCAAUACAACAAAAGCCACUACAUCAACGACUCAGUCAAGUAAGCCACACACUCUGCCCCCUGGUGUCAUCCCACCCUCAGUGCUCCCAGGGAACUAUCCAAUCAUGGGACAACCAACAGCUGCAGGUCUACAGCCAUAUUUCAAUCUAGCAGCAGGUGGUCAGCAACAAAUGUACAGUUAUGAGGACAUCCAAGCUCAGUUGUUACAACAGCGGUUGCACCUCCCUGGAUACUAUGAUAUAGGCUUACAGGCUCAGAAUGCUGGUGGUGUAUCAAGAGACCAAAACAGUUUGCCCAACGCAGCCUCUAAUCCAGCAUAUGCUACUACCACAGGUGCCACUGAUGGAUCUAAACUGACCCCUAGGCUAGAUGCGCAAUCUCCUCCCCAAGCACAAACAUCGCAGCCUCAGCAGAGCCAGACUGCCACCCAUACAGGCUAUGUGAACCCAGCAGCUGCCCUGCCCCCAGGUUAUGGAUAUUAUUACCCUGGAACUACUGGAGCAGUCAUCCCAGGCUUUUACAACCAUAUGAAUAUGAUAGUUCCCCCAGUGACCAAUGUGACUAACACAGUGGGCCAAGCAGUAUCUAACAGCUUGCCUUACCAGAAGCCAUAUGCUGCAUCAGGUACUCAGGUCUAUGCUGCAGGUGGUAACAUGGGGGGCUAUGAUGUAAAUGAUGUCACUGCACAAAGCAGCCAUGACUACAAGAAUGCUUAUGGAACACAGGCGCCAUCUAAAGCCACUACUGGUCCUUUCGGAAGCUCUAGUGAGCCAGAUAGAAACAAGCAACUAUUCCUCAACUCACAGACCAUUCAGUACAAAUCACCAGCAGCUGCCACAUCCAGUGGUGUGAAUGUCACCGAUCUGACUGCUACUGGUUAUGCCAAGUCACACACUGGCACAUAUGACAAGCCUGGCUUUGCUGGCAAUACUCCACCCCCUUUCAACACAAACAUGGCAGCCCUUCCCACUGGCAACCAAAGUCACCUGGGAACACUGCCUGCCACUUACCCAUUCGUUCCCAUGAUGCCUCAGCAGCUUCAGCACCUACAGCAGGACUCAAGUGGUGCCGCAGGGAGAGUAAACCCCCAGGCCCCAUCUACAGCUAAACCAGCUGUUAGCAAGCAGUAUGGCAACACAUACUGGGGAACCAGCUAAAUACUGGGACUGACAAACACCAACAAGUCACCAGAAUAUAAUAACAACAUUAACGUAAGAUGAUUUGAUACUGGGUUGAGAGAGACCCAAUGAUUUACGUAGUAGCAGAUGUAAUAUGUAGCCUUGGUCAAGUUUGCUUAUAAUGUGUGUGUGUAGCUGUAAAUAUAUGAGAAGUUGAAAACGAUCCAACUAGUGAUUUUAAUUGGUUGUAUAUGGUUAGCGCUCCAGUCUGUCCUUCCGAUGGACUUUGUAAAUAUAAAAGAUGAUUGGUGCAGCAUCCUCCGUGAUGUGUGUUGUGUACAAUACGGGGCCCUGUAUGCCCAUAUAAGGAGCUGUAGAUAUGGAUUCUUGGAAUACUACAGUACAGUAUAUAAAGUUCCUGGUUAUCCGGUCACACAGGAUUUCCAGUGUGUAAAAAUGUUUCUCUUCUGUGACUCACAAAAGUAAAAAACAAAAAAAUCGUAAAAUUUAAGAAAAAUAUAUAGUAAAAAAUGAACGUUUUGUAACUUUUGUUGUAAAGCCAAGUGGUAUUAUAUGAUGUAAUAUAUUAUUAGCUUUCACUGGAUUAUUAGAAAUUGCAUGAAUAUUUGGAUGAAGUGAACAUUGUAUAAAUGCAUGGUGUUCCAUUCUAGCUUCAUAGAAGCUUAAGUGUAGUUUAUAUAUUGUGUAAAAAGUGAACAAAUCAAUAUUAUGAUCAGUGCUCUUGU